AUGGAAGACUGUAAGCCAGUCCACACACCAGCAGAAGCAGGAACGAAGCUAAGUGUUGAAUUAGUUAGAGAAUCUGUCAACCCAACACUGUUUAAAAGCUUGGUGGGAAGCUUAAGGUAUCCAACUUUUACUCGCCCAUAUAUUAUAUAUGCAGUUGGAGUAGUCAGUAGAUACAUGGAGAAGCCGAAGCAAGAUCAUUUCAUUGCAGCUAAGAGAAUUUUGAGAAACAUAAAAGUUACGCUGAAUCAUGGUUUGUUUUACACAUACUCUCAAGAUGCACAAUUGGUUGGCUAUUCAGAUAGUGAUUAUGGUGGAUAUAUGGAUGAUGGUAAGAGUACUUUUGGAUAUGCAUUUCAUAUUGGAUCAACAGUGUUUUCAUGGUCUUCAACGGAGCAACAAACAUUUGCUCUUUCAACAUGUGAGGCAGAAUACAUAGCAGCUGCAACAUGCACAUGUCAAGCUAUUUGGUUGAAGAAUAUUGAGUGA